AUGACCCCCACGAUGCUGCUGCUUCUGGCUGCCCUCUUCCUGGGGGAUUUUCUGCCACCCACCCAAGCAGCCCGGGCAACCAACGUGGGGCGAGAGUGCUGCACCCAGUACUUCAAAGGAACCAUUCCUUUCAAAAAGCUAAAGUCAUGGUACAGGACGUCCCCGGAUUGCCCCCGCAAAGCCAUCGUGUUUAAGACUGUGCAAGGCAGGGACAUCUGCUCGAAUCCCACGGAGAAGUGGGUGAAGAAGGGAGUUAAGUAUUUGGAAAGGCUUGUGAAGCAGCGGCGCCUUACAGCUCAGGCUUCCUGA